AUGUCUUCUCAACUACGUGGACCUCGUCCUAAUCAGGAAAGGCGGAAUGCGCGUGAACGUAAUCGUGUACAUCAGGUAAAUCAUGGAUUUGAUCUUCUACGAAAUCGUGUUCCAAAAGCCGGCAUCAAUAAGAAACUUUCGAAAGCUGAUACUCUACGUGAAGCUGUACGGUACAUACAGUACUUGCAGAGUCUACUGCAUGAUGGUGGACCUGUUAAUCAAACAGGUUACGCAGCUCCAUCGUGUUCGGUGAAUUCCACCCUCUACCAUCAACCCGAAAUGGAGUUCGACAUCUACUUUCCCACUUCCAGCCGCUCCUCGGCCUCUCACUCCCAACAAAUCAGCCCGAUCAACUCCAUUUACGGUACUCCUACGGCUUCCAUACAACCACAAUGUAAUACAGGUCUGUCAUCACACAUAUCGGCUUAUCAGACUUAUCAGAUCAUCAGAUAUUGA